AUGGAUGCCUCGCACCUGUCGGUUCCGGAACGUAGUACAGUCAGCCUAAUCGAGCGGACAGCCGCCAGGAAACGAGCGCAAAAUGGACCUGCACAGACGGCUCGGAAGAUCAGGCUGGUUCUGGAUGAAGUCCGCCGCAGAUACCGUUAUCGACGACUUGAUACAAGUCACACGCGCUUGUUGGUGAUUCAUCCCCCGAGGAGUGGUCCGGACGAACUCUAUGUGGAAUUGAUCCCUGUGGCCUUCACAGAUCUUGGCGCCAAAGUCAAAUACGAAGCUCUCUCCUAUCACUGGGGCGGAGAGUCGGAUCUCAGACCAAUUUACGUUCGGACUGAAGCUGAUGACAAUGCCAAAGUCCACGAUGAGUGGGAAGAAUCUCCUGCUUCUGCAAAACAUCGAAGCCUACAAAUGAUUGCCAAGGAUGUACUGUUGAAAAAGUUGCAUGUGAAGGCAAACCUCUACUCAGCUCUCCGCCAUCUACGACUGAACACGCGACCGGUCCUGCUAUGGGUCGAUGCGCUUUGCAUCGAUCAGAGUGAUAGCCAGGAGCUGGGCCUGCAGGUAGCGAGAAUGGUCGAAAUCUACUCCAGUGCCAGUCGUGUAGUGACCUGGCUGGGCGAUGACGACCCUCGAUCUCGGAGUGCUGUCGAAUUCAUUCAAGAUGUCACUGAUGCGGAUGACAUAGAUGAGAUUCUCACCAAUCCAUCAAGCGUCAAACGUUGGGCAGACCUGGCGUAUCUCAUGCAAAACCCUUGGUUCAGCAGACGAUGGGUACGUGACGAGUAUUUCAUCGGUGUGACUGAUCUAACAUCUCAUGCAGGUCAUACAAGAGAUGGUACAUGCUCAGAAAGCUACAAUACAAUUGUCUGAGCUUGCCAUAUCAUGGAGUCGAUUCCGAGAUGCGGUCAGCUUGUUCGUGCUGAAUGCUGACAAGAUCAGAGGGCUGUUGAAUCCUAUGCUGGAGCUGUCUACUGGUCUAGGGAACGGCGUGCUACUUCACAAUAACCUGGGACGUCUGGAUUUUCUUCUGCAGAACAACCUUGACGGCUUACCUGCCAAAGUCUUCAUUGACGUCCUAGACUAUAUGUUUCGCAAACCUAAGUCGCUCCAAAUAGGCAGCCGCUCGGUGCCCGUUCAUGGCUUGGAGUUUCUGGUUUCGACCUUGUACAUAUAUGAGAAUUCCGAUCCACGCGAUACUAUCUUUGCCCUCAGAAAUAUAGCUUCCGAAGUUUGUCUUGCAAGGUCUACCGAUAGUAACGGCCACCCGCCGCCGGAGCCGGACUACACGAAAACAGUUCUUGAAGUCUACGCAGAUUUCGUAAAAUGGGUGGUGGACACUACUGGUACAAUUGACAUUCUAUGUCGUCCUUGGGCACCGGCCGAACGAAAGCAAGGCGGUCGUAAGCAUCGCACCAUUUCAAGAUUGCCUUCAUGGAUCCGAAUAGCCAAGCAAGAAGACAAAUCUCGUCGGGGCAUGGAAAGUACAAGUUUUGCCGGUCUUCCUGGGCGCAAUCCAUACAACGCAAGCUAUGGCUUGCGAUGCAAAACUACUUUCAGCGAGCAUGUUUUGGCAAUUUUCACUGUCGGUGCUCCCCGGCUGGACCCGAACGAGUGGACGUGGGAAGAGCAAGACAAUCUGAAUAUCUCUUCACCUCCAAAUCUGGCGGAUUCUGUCGCUUCUGCGGAUGAUUCUCAUCCAAAGCCAAAAAGGUCCCGAGAAGCUGAUGUAGAAGAGACCAUGGAGUUAUCAGCUGAGCAACACGCGUCGAAGAGGAUCAAGCCCACACAGGACAGCGCUAUUGUGCAACCCGCGUCGGACGCGUCGUUCAGUCUGCCGAGCGUAAAGGCCUAUCAGCUCUCAGUUGAAGGGAUAUCCAUCGGCAUGCUCACAUGGGCUACAGACCCUAUAGAAGACGGUGUCAUUCCGAGCGAAGCGCUCCAAAGGCUUCAGGCAACACCACGGACAACACCUCGAAUCACGCCAGGAAAGCUGUGGCGUACACUAGUCGGCGAGAGGGGGCCCGAUGGCCGCAAUCCUCCAACAUGGUAUGAACGUGCCGCACGGUAUUGUAUGAUACAUAAGACGCCAAAUGGACACCUAAACACCGAAAACCUUCUAUCGCAGCCACAGCCAGCGAUUGUGAAAAGCUUCCUGCAGCGCGUGCAAGCUGUCUCGUGGGACCGCUGCAUUGUCGAAGUCGCCGGCGAUGACUUAGAAGAACCACUCUACGGCUUUGCUCCAGCAGCUACACGGACAGGAGACAGGGUAUGCGUCCUCUUCGGAUGCAGCGUACCUUGUGUCCUCCGGCCACUUGAUACGCCGCUUGAUGGAGUUCAUUACAAAUUCAUCGGCGAAGCUUGUGUCUACGGGCUCAUGGACGGAGAAGCUAUAUCAGUGCUGUCAGCAGAGCAGCUGAAGAAGAAAACGUCGAUAUUUCAAUUGCUGUGA